CAGUACUACCAACAUCAACUUCAAGGUUCGGUGAUGGUGUCUUGCAGUAGUUCCUCGCCUGCACCACCACAGUGUGCAGUUGCUGCGCCACCAUCAGCCUGGUCUGUCCUGGCGCUGGUGUCUGAUGCCGCUACUGUGUACAGUAACUUGGCGAAUGAUCCCCCGCAUGUGCUUAUGUGCAUAGCGGUGUGGGGUCUGUUGUCGCCAGAGCUCGUUCUCGGCCGCACUCAGAGAGACGUCCUGCGCUGACACAGCCAUGCGCCUCGUGGCGUCUGAGAGUCUGACAGUAGUUCCUCCCCUGGCCCACCACAUUGUUGUAUCACUCUAAUUGCGUUUUGUCGAAUGAAUGAAUGAAUAAAAGUUUUACGGCAUUGACGGUGCACAGGUUCCGUGCCACCACCAGCUUGUUCUUUUCUUGCGUUGGUGUCUGGUGCUACCACAGCCUGUGGACAACGGGUAUCAUCUUCAUCAGCAGCAGCAGCAGCAGCACAGCAUCAUCACAUUUCGAGGGGCGUUGGGCAUUGUUGAAUUGUCGGCGCUGGAUUGCCCUUGUGGGAGACGCAGCCAUAUGUAUCUAUGAGCAGCGCGUUGUGGGUUCCGCUGUCGGUGGAGCUUGUUGUCGGCCGCACUCGGACAUUUGUCCUGCGCUGACAUAGCCCUGCGCCUCGUGGCGCCGAUAGCACAGCAACUGCUGUCUGUUCUGUUCUGGGGAUGGGAUCUAAUGCCACUAGGUUGCCCUCACGGCCCGUUCUGCAGCUCUUUCAGCGCCACUGUUCAGCGAGAGAUUCGUGCUUGUCUGUGCCACCGCGAUGUGAGGACGGCAUGCCUGGCCUGAGCCUCGCGGACCUGCUCUAACAGCAUGUGUUUCAACUUCCCAGUUUUGCUCCAUGCCCUGCGGCAAUCGUGCGAGUGAUGCUCGAACACAUAGUUUAUGCAAUGGUCACGGCGAUGACGUUGAGCUGGUGGCAGUGCUGGCGGUUGCGCUGGGGGCUUCUGCCGGGAGAUUUUGCUUAGGGGUCGUGCUGGGGGAUUCUGCUGGGAGAACUGUUUCUGGGCACUGGUCAUUGCGGCGUACUCUUUGAGGCCGACCGUCUUUGCUGUGGCGCCCGUCUCAGGCAAGUGCCGCCACAACAAUCUCCAGUCCUGCUCGGACACGGCCGGCACGGAGGGAGCGCCGAAGGCAUCGGCGAGCACGUCCAUCGUUCGAAGUCCUAUCAUCCCUCUGUGCGGAGGUAGUUUAGAGCGUUUCCUCUGGCAAUCCCGUUCUUCCCCUUCGGGCAUGUCCCUUCCCCGCGCCAGACCAACCACGCCGCAUGUGGCAAUAGUCUAGCAAAUCAGCGCGCAACGAAUCAAUGCGGUCGAUCUGGGC